AUGGACACCACAACCUCAUCCGCAGGUUCAAGUGGCAAAUGCACGGCUUCCACUUCACAACCAAACAGCACCGAACUCAUGCUUGCGCUUUCUCAGAUGCAACAACUCAUUCCACUGCUUGACUAUCGACCCGCCGGUCUCACCCACCUUCUUCCGACCUUACUUGCACCGCUCAUGUCUCAACAUACAAACCAGUCCCUACCGGGCGAGACGAUGCAACGCUAUCGAGCCAAUGUCGAUCACGCUUUUCGAGUCGCAGGAGAGCUUGUGGAUCGAGUGCAAGACAAUCCAACCGUUGGUCCAGCACUAGAACUAGCGGAGAGGUUGAUGAAGCAAGGUGGUUCAAAGGCAAGGAUGUUACGAGUUAGAAAGAAACGAAGGUUAUUCACAGAGCAAGAAAAGGUGCUAGAGACUAAUACCUGCGCACCGCCCAUUCCAGUGAGAGUUCAGACCAACACAGCAAGCAAAACGGCAGAUGAGAAGAAAGAGGAUCCAAGCAAAGUGCACAUCAAGGCUCUGCUGCCUUCUCAGAAUCCUAACAUCGCUGCUUUGGCCGUGCAGCAACAGUCACUGUCACCGCCAAGAGAUGCAAAGGCUGUGCAAGGCUACUUGGCUGCAUUGCAUGCCUACCUCAAGACAGCAGAAGAGAAGGGAUUGAUGCCGCCAGGAGUGCCACUGAAACAGAUCAAAGCUAGAGUCGCAACCUUCAACAAAGAAGGGUUCGCAUUGGAAGUGCAUCUUGUUCCACUGUUGAAAGCGUUUGUCGAUGCAACGUCCACCUCUACAGAUGCGGAUGUGGACGCAAGGGACCCACAGCAGCAAUCAGUUAGAAUCGAUUUGGCUGGUCUCACAGUCGGUGGAAUAAAGGAAAGUAUUACAUUGACGAGAGGAAGCGCAUAUCCAAUCUUCAGGACGCUUUCCAGCGAUAUCCUAACGCAAACACAUGUCGCUCUCUCCUCGUCUGCAUCAUCAACAUGCACACGAGACAUCUGGACAGCAUACAAGCCAAUCACAGAAGCCAUUGCACGACUCAUUCUGGCAGCAGCACAGUUUCAAGCAUAA